UACGUACAGACACAUGUAUAUACACACAGACACAUGUACAUACAUACACAGACACAUGUACACACAGACACACAUACAUGUACAUACACGCAGACACAUGUACAGAUACACUCAUGUACAUACACACACACACACACACACAGCCUAUAAAAAGUUACAGUACUUAGUUGUUCACUCACAGAGCCGGGUACUGCACUCUAGGGGGAGGAAGAGAGCACAGCACACACUCCUUCCUUUGCUUUCACUGCGCUCAGCUAUUGAGCAGUCUGACAGCUCCCAGUGCCAAUGACAGAUCCAGCCUGAGCUCUGAGCCUGCUCAGCAAGACAGCCCUGGGGGACACACUCGCCCCCACAAUAAUUUCCACUCGCCAUUGGCGAGCAGGUGAGUGGAAAUUUCAAGGCCUGCACUAGAGUACACUGCU